UGGAUUAGGUUUAAUCUGAGUUUCGUCUGCUCUGUCUCUGUCCACCUCUCUUAGCAUGUUAGCAUGUUAGCAUGUUAGCACGGAGCUGUCGGCCUGUUCCACUUUAGUUCGAUUAUCACUUUAUUCUUAUCAUUGAUCACUUACACUCAUGUGGUCAGUGAUAAUGAUAAUGACGCAGAUGAUGACGUAUGGGCCUAUGACUCGAUUGUAAAACAUUUAAAUUCAAGUUUAAUUUGUUUAAUCACAAACACGUCACAGCCGCCAUGUUACAGCCCGAGUGACGUCAAAUGCAGAGGGUGGAGCCAAGGCUGAUCAGAGAGCUACAGGUGAACUGAUCAGAUUCAACUUCGGCGCAAUAAACAGCUCAAAAUCUGAUCAGAAGAUAUAAACUAUGGGGAUAAAUAAUCAAUCAGACACCAAUUGAUUGAUCAACAAGAACAUUUUGAUCAUGUUUGUAUCGAUUUACAGGCGACAGAUCUCAUCACUGAUGAUGAACAUCAUGUGACCCUCACAGUCACCUGAUCUCAGUCCAGACAGGUGACCCACAGACAGGUGACAGACAGACAGGUCGGCCUGAGGACAGCCAGCACCAGGAUGGAGGACGGUGGAGUGACAAUGACGAGACAGACUGAGGGAGAGGAGGAGGAGGUGGUGAGGUCUUACGAGAUGGAGCCCAGCACCCUGCCGUGGCCUGGAGACGGACAGACAGGUGGACAGACAGGUGGACAGACAGGUAAAGGUGACAGGAUGAGUGUCAGGUCAAGUGAGGCAGCCAGUUGCACAGAAAGUGAGAGAGAGCUGUUGGCGGAAGGAGAGAGGAAGGGGGGGACGAAGGGAGGGGCAGGUGAAGACAAGGGGGUGGGGUUAAUAGAAGAGUGGGCGGGGUUGAGGACACACCUGGAAGAGGAGUCAGAGGAGCCUUCAGAGAACCACCUGCCGGAGAAAGCAGCCCAGGUGUUCAGCCCUGCAGUGACUGUUCUCCCCUCCCCCUCCUCGCCCAGAGAGAGUGAGGCAUUCUGGGAAAUGGCGUCAGAGAAGAGUCCCUUCCUGGGUCCUCGAGGACUCCCAGAGGACUACAACCAACAUGGCUACCAGUAUGAGUGGACCGAGAACACGACCCCUGCUACAUGUGGGCGGGGCUGUCCUGGUAGGGACAUCCUGAAAGUGGGUGUGUCCCUGGUGACAUCAGCACUCUUCUUCCCCUUCCUGGUGUGGGGGGGAUUUGUGUUCCUGCCCUUUGACGCUCCACUGUUGGACGGCGCCCCCCUCAGGCUCGUCUACACUCUGCGCUGUUCCGUGUUUGCUGCCGCCCCCAUCGUCCUUGGUUGGCUCGUCCUGGGCAUCACUCGACUCCGGUCAGGUGUGUCUCAGCCUCUGUUUGAUGAGGAGGUGAAGGAAGCGAAGGUUCACGAGGUCACUGUUCACCACCGCUUUGUCUCUGACUCCACCUCCCUGUUCCUGAUGUACUUCCUGCAGCUGGGUGUCAUGGCAAUGUACCUGAGCCAGGAGCACCUGAAGCUCGUCCCACUGCUGACUGUCAUCUUCGCCUUCGGACGGUUGAUUUACUGGGUGGCCGCAGCCUUCGGCAGCAGCAUACGUGGUUUCGGUUUCGGCCUCUCCUUCCUGCCGAGUCUCGUGAUGAUGGUCGCUAACAUCUACUUCAUCUUCACAGUGGAGGCGGCGGGGUCCAUCUUCAGCCUCUCGCCUCCUUCUGCAGAGGCACUGACUCCACCCGCUGGCAAACAGAGGUUCUGGGGAUGAGAGCUGAUCAGUAAUCAGUAACCUUGCUGAACCAUUUCUGAUCACAUUUGUUUUUUUAAAACUUUAUUUUUUUAUGAACUGAAACAUUAGAGCAGAAAAACAUAAUAAAAGAUCAAAUGAUUUAUAGAAGCCAGACAGAAACAGGGACCUGGACCACAGACACAGUUCAGCUCAGUCGGGAUCUCUUGGGAUGAUAUGGCUUUAUUGGGUCUAACAGAGGUCCUGGAUCACCUGUGUCAUGAAGCUGGCUCUGUUGAUUCUGAGUUCAAUAAUCUGGCUGCCAAUGAGUUCAUGAGAAGUGAUUAAUAUGACGUUAACACAGUGAAAACUGCAGGUAAAUUCAGUUGAAGCAGAGAGUUUUAUUCAACAAGGUGAAAGAACAUGAUCACAGAACUAAAACAGAACCAGGAGCUGCAGAAUUACAGGAAUAAUUUCCAAAUGUUAAGUUUAGGAUAUAAAUAAAUGAAGAUCUUUAGAGUAGAGUGAGAAUGUUGUGGUUCAUUUUUCUAAUAAAAGACAAUAAAGGGUUUAGUUUUAGUUUUAAAUGCAGCUCUAAUCAUCACUGUGUAAUAAUGAUUGUGAGAAACUCUCCUCUGUCUGUUUGAAAACCACAGUUUAAGUGUUUUGUCCCCGUCUGGAUCCUGUAGGAAUGAUGAAGUUAACAGGUUAGCCCUGCAGCAUAGGUUACCGAGGUGAUCUACCCUGUUACCAAGGUGAUCUACCUCGGUCACCAUUAUACCAUCAACCAGCUUCCAGAGAUGGAUAACUCACUCGUGGUUCAGGCUCCUGAUGUUUGUUUGAUUGUUUGUUUAUAUGAAGUAUAGUUGUCUACUUCCUGUUUAUUUCCUAUUCAGUCUGUUGUGUUGGUUCAUUUUUUAAAUGUUUUAUUUUGUAAAAUCUGUUUUAUGACUCUUAAAUAUUUUAUAUUUCUGUUAUACUUAACACAAGUUUCACAUUUCACAGUAAAAUAAUGAAACCUGCUCACUUCCUGUCUCCCUCUGUAAAUAAAAAUUUAUACAUUUA